GAUAAAUGUCAUUAUUUUCUGUCAGGCGAUUGUCCGGCAGAGGUGCAUCAUGGGAAAAUCCCGCCAUUUUAGAUUUAAACCGUACUUCUGAGGCGCUGUUUUUUACACCCAUAUUCCGAACAGACAUUUCCUCCUGUGUGUGGAUUGGCUCGUGUUUAGGAUUGACACUACUUCUGUCCAAUCAGAGACAGGCUUCUUAUCUCGGACGCUGCCACUACUCGGAUAAUGGGGGCGGAGCUUUUCGGAAUAUGGGUGGUAUAAAAACAAGAAUUAGAACAUUCGAAGGAAAAACUAAAGCGACAUUCAGCACAAACGCGUCCGUUUCUCUUCAGUCUGAACCAUAAAAACGGCCGUGAGGGUGAAUCAAGCAGGUAGAUGAAGGUUGUAGAUGAAGCGGUGUGGCGGUAAAGCAGCAGCUCGGUUUCCCCUCACCGCACAACGCGCUCCGGUACCGCGAUCACAGAGCUCCUUCACCCUCUCCGUGAUAUUGAGCAGUUAUGGCCCGUACAAAGCAGACAGCUCGUAAAUCUACAGGAGGAAAAGCCCCCCGUAAACAGCUCGCCACUAAAGCAGCCCGGAAGAGUGCACCCUCUACAGGAGGAGUGAAGAAACCGCACCGUUACAGGCCUGGCACUGUGGCUCUGCGUGAGAUCCGCCGUUAUCAGAAAUCCACAGAGCUGCUGAUCAGGAAGCUGCCAUUCCAGCGACUCGUCCGAGAAAUCGCUCAGGACUUCAAAACUGAUCUGAGGUUCCAGAGUGCUGCUAUUGGAGCCCUGCAGGAGGCGAGUGAAGCGUACUUGGUAGGUCUGUUUGAAGACACUAAUCUGUGUGCUAUCCACGCCAAGCGCGUCACCAUCAUGCCCAAAGACAUCCAGCUGGCACGUCGCAUCCGUGGAGAACGCGCUUAACACACACACAGUUACAGAUAUACACACUCUCAUAUCAUACAGUCUGUCUCUCCUCCUGUUCUGUGUGUGUGUGUGUGUGAGGAGACUUUUUUUACACUGUGUGUGAGAUUAGUGAGUAGUAAAAACUUGAACACAUGAAAGCUCCUGAUUUUCUGUAAGGUUUGGUGUGGAAUUCUGGGUAAAAUCUGUUAUUAGGGUGUCAGUUUGUUGGGUGUGUUCAGUGUGUGUGUGUGUGUGCGUGUGUGUUGAGUGCUUUUAUAUUUUGUAUUAUUUUUAAUGUCGCAUUUUUCACCAGUUAAAGAUGAAGAAUAAAAUUUUUUUUUUUUGUUCCA